AUGCUGCGAGCCUCACGACCUAUGGAAGGACUUGUCAUCGAUUUCUGCGGCCCGUUUCCAGUCCGUGGCGACGACUCGACCGGAUGUGACUACUGCCUUGUUGUCAUCGACAUUUUUACUCGGUGGAUGUUCCUCUGCCCUACGGUCGGUAACUCUUCUGCUGCCGCUGUCGGUGCCUUAUGGAAUCAUGUUGUCAUUAUACAUGGAGCGCCUGACUUCGUGCACUCUGAUCGCGGGUCCCACUUCACGAGCUCCGUGAUUUCCCACUUCGAGAGCCGAUUUGGGAUCUGCCACACUUACCCGGCAAGCAAAAACCCGCGAGUACAGGGAGCAGCAGAACGAGCAGUUCGAGAACUUAAAACGUCUCUACGCCUGCUCCAGCCUUACCUCCUGGCAAGAGAAGACUGGAAAGAUGCUCUACCAGUGGUUAGUUUCGUCCACAACACAUCUCCUCCACCCUACAUCCCUGCCUACUACGACUUGACCCCCUAUGAACUACUCUUUGGUCGGUCUGCUCCCGAUAUAUAUAUUGGCAACAGGCACGGAGCUUCUUUCGGUCACAUCGACUCCCCCCACGCCUACCUCGAUGACCUCCAACGACGUUUACAAGAUGCCCACGAUCUUUGGUCUGUCACUCGUGACAUAGAGCUCACAAAGCGGAAUGAUCGCUAUCGAGUCGGCUCAUUACAACGUUCCUAUGAUCCUGGAGAUAAAGUGUUACGUGUCGUCCCAAUAGAACGGCCAGGAGGGCACUCUACCGAGGUUACAGGCCCCUACGAGAUCAUUGGUCCUGCCGGGCAAAAUCAUUACAAAGUCCGUGGCACGACGGACCGCCUACCUGUCCAUCAACUACGUCCUCUAACUCUAGAUCCUAUUAUACGUCGUGGCCUACAGCAAGACAGCUCGAUCAAUAGAGCUAGCAGCGUCCUAUAUGAGCAGAAGCUACUGACUGUCGCAAAAGACCACCUGACUGCUGGUGACCUCAUAAUCCACGAGAUCGAGUCCUUCGACCUUGAGCACUUCGAUGACUGUGCUACCGUCAUCUCCAACAACCUCUCCAAGGCCGAACUUGAGAUUCGUAUUAUGGAGGUUGACGAUACAGGACGGUGGUCCUUAACAAAUUCUACUCAAGUCCUAUCUUACCACUCCAUCGUUGCCACUGGCUUCGCUCUCACCAAGCAAAACCGUACCCCGUUCGCAUACUAA